AUGUCUAAGAACUCAGAGUUCAUCAAUCUCUCAUUUUUAUUAGAUCAUGAAAAGGAAAUGAUUUUAGGAGUUUUAAAGAGAGAUGAAUAUUUGAAAAAAGUGGAGGAAAAGAGAAUAAGGAAGCUGAAAAACGAACUCCUAGAAGCGAAACAUAGAAGUGGCAAGAUUCAACAAGAGACCAGCAGAGUCUGUGUUCACUGUCAGAGAAACCUGGGCUUGAUAUUUGACCGGGGAAACCCAUGCCAGGCCUGCUCACUGAGGGUGUGCAGUGAAUGUCGGGUCUCGGGCCUUGAUGGCAGCUGGAAGUGCACUGUCUGUGCCAAAAUCACGCAGCUUACGAUUGUGACUGGUGAAUGGUUUUUUGAAGAAAAGGCAAAACGUUUCAAGCAAGUCAAUGUUCUAGGCACUGAUGUUGUCCGACAGUCCAUCUUAAGAAAAAAUCCAGGAGCUAAAGAAAUACAAAGCCAAGAGAAAAACCACCAGGAUGCAGAAAAGUCAAACACAUCACCUUCUCCUCGGCAGAAGGCCAGCCAUGAUGAGUCUAAGAGAAAAGGAAGCAUUGGUUCAUCAGAUCUUAAUGAUGAGAAAGUUGGUCCUGGAUCCCUGAAGAGCAGCCAGAGCAGUGGUAUGACCCCAGUAACUCAGAGGUCACCAGCCGCAAGCCCAUGCAGCGUGACCCCAGUCCUCAAUAUAGAGCAUGGUUUUGAAAAUUCUUUGGAUUUGGCUGCCAUUGAAGGCACCUCAGAGGACUUCACAAAGAAUCAUUGCAGAAACACUUCUCACGCAUCUUCUGUGGCCUCUCUCUCUUCAGACCAGAGUCAAUCUAAGUUAGAUUUGAGUGGUUCAUUUACAGAAGACUUAAAGGAUACUGUAAAUUUAAGAAGCAAGUCUGUACCUGGGGCUUUAGACAAAGAUUUGAAUUCUCAAGCACACUCUGACAGAAAAUGGACUUACCUAAAUGUGCCUGAUGCUGACGCAGACAUUGCCAGCCUUAAUAGCAUGCUGAGUGUUUACAGUGAAACGGGAGACUAUGGCAAUGUGAAGGUCAGUGGUGAAAUCCUUCUCCACAUCAACUACUGCUACAAAACUGGCAGGCUCCACAUUUUUGUCAAGAAUUGCAAAAAUCUGGCCAUAGGAGAUGAAAAGAAACAAAGGACAGAUGCUUAUGUCAAGUCAUACCUUCUUCCUGACAAGUCUAGAAAUAAUAAACGUAAGACCAAAAUCAGAACAGGCAUCAAUCCAGAAUUCAAUGAAACACUAACGUAUACUAUCAGCCAUACCCAACUGGAAACAAGAACACUGCAGCUCUCAGUCUGGCAUUAUGAUCGAUUUGGACAUAACAGCUUCCUUGGGGAGGUGGAGAUUCCUUUUGACUCAUGGAACUUUGAAAAUCCAAGUGAUGAGUGGUUUGUACUUCAACCCAAGAUGGAAUUAUCUACUGACAUUGGCCUUCAAUACAGAGGAGAGCUGACAGUUGUUUUACGUUAUAUUCCACCAGAUGAAUACCUGAUGUUCCCACCAGGACAACUUCAAGCUCACACAGGAAAGAAGGCCUUUAAAAUUGGAAAGAAGAAACCACCUGUACUCUCUGGAGGAAUACUAGAAGUGUUCAUCAAAGAGGCAAAGAAUUUGACAGUGGUGAAGUCAGGAGGCACUGCAGAUAGCUUUGUGAAGGGCUACCUGUUCCCUGAUGAUAGAAAAGUCACCAAGCACAAAACUCUGGUAAUAAAAAGGAGUGUUAACCCUCAGUGGAAUCAUACUUUCAUGUUCAGUGGCCUGCAUCCCCAGGAUAUAAAGAAUGUUUGCCUAGAACUUACCAUCUGGGACAAGGAGGCUUUUUCCAGCAACAUGUUUCUUGGAGGAGUUCGUUUGAAUUCUGGAAGUGGUGUGAGCCAUGGGAAGACUGUGGAUUGGAUGGACUCACGGGGGGAAGAGCAACGCCUUUGGCAGAAGAUGACUGACAAUCCUGGGACUCCUGUAGAGGGUAUACUCAUGCUUCGUUCCAGUAUGGGGAAGCGUCCAAAAUGA